UCUCUCCUGAUGCGCGCCGGUGCCCUCUCCAACCUCCAGGUGCACUGCAGUUGGCAGCAGGAAACUGGCAGCCUCGCUCGCCUACCUGGGGAUCCCAGCAUGGCGAUGGCGCCAGGGCCAGCUUGGGUUCCCCGCUGGAUCUGGGCCCACCGCUCUCUGGAGAAGGCCCUCCAGGGACUGACCAAGCUGCAGCACCUGGUGAGCCAGCCCCAGCUGCGCCUCCGGAACAGCCCGCCUCACCUGCCCUACCUCCUGCCCCAGAUCCACCAGCACCUGAGGCUCAUCCGGGAGCAUUACGGGGCCAGCUUGGGCCAGCUCUGGGAGGGUGACGUCUUUCGCAUCUUUCUCCUCAACCUGCUGGAAAAGAUUAAGGAAGCCAAGUGGCUUUUCAAGAGGGAGAAGGACAAGGACAAGAUUUUUCAGGAGGGCUCGGCUGCCAGGAGACAUCUCACAAAGCUUUCCCUGAUCUUCAGCCACAUGUUGGCUGAACUACAAGCGCUGUUUCCCAAUGGUCAAGACCAAGGCAGGACAUACCAGAUGAGCAAGCAAGAGCCGCAGGUCUUCUGGAGGAAGAUGUGGAGAGAACGGAGCCUGGUUUCCUGGUCAGAAUUUCAAAAAGGCCUCCAGCAAGUACAUCCUGUAGAUUCAGGUGCAAUGGCCAUAGCUCUGAGGUCUACCAUUGACCUGACCUGCAGUGGCCAUAUCUCCAUAUUUGAAUUUGACAUCUUCACUCGCCUCUUCCAGCCUUGGGCAACUCUGCUGAAGAACUGGACUUACCUAGCAGUAACACAUCCGGGAUACAUGGCCUUCCUCACCUAUGACGAGGUGAAGGCACGCCUGCAGGCAUAUGUCAGCAGACCUGGCAGCUAUAUUUUCCGGCUCAGCUGCACCAAGCUGGGUCAGUGGGCCAUCGGCUACGUGACGGCAGACGGAAGCAUCUUGCAAACCAUCCCGCAGAACAAGUCACUCUUCCAGGCCCUGAUGGACGGACACAAGGAAGGCUUCUACUUGUAUCCGGAUGGGAAGAACACGAAUCCCGAUCUGGCAGAGUUGAUGGAAGGCUCCAGUCAAAACCGAAUUCAGGUCUCGCAAGAACAGUUUGAACUCUACUGCCAGGUGGGCUCCACCUUCCAGCUUUGCAAGAUCUGCGCCGAGAACAACAAGGAUGUCCAAAUCCGGCCAUGUGGGCAUCUCCUCUGCCGAGAAUGCCUUCAGGCUUGGCAGCUUUCAGAAGCACACACCUGCCCCUUUUGUCGCCAGGAGAUCUGGGGCCAUGACAAUGUCAAGGUCAGCCCUUUCAGCCCCAAGAAGGGGAGCCUAACGGCCAAGGACGAGAGCGACGAGGAGGACUUGGAGGAUGUGGCGUUGGUGUUACAACAGCUGGCACUCAUGCGCCGGACUCAAGGGACAGCGGGUCCCGUUUCAUCUCCAAAUCUGGACCCUGGGAUGCAACCCCCUCCAGUACCGCCAAGGGUAGAUCUCCUCCAGCGGAGGUCUGUGACCCUUCCUGUUCCUGACUAUCAAAUCAGGCAUCACCCCUUGCCAAGCCUUCCUCGAGAACACCCCCCUUCGGUAAUCUCAUGGAACAGCUCUGCAACGUCUCCAUUUGAGCAGGGGAGCGACAGGAAUCACAGCAGCUGAGUUGCUUGCAGGCCGCCCAGGACCAGGGUCGUAUCUGAACUGCGCCGGUUGGUUUGUGGAAUCCAACCCACAGGGUGGGCUUCUAAUUCUGUGAGAUCCCACCAACGGUAUCUACUCUGCCAUUCCACAUUGUCAAGUGAAGGAAACGUUGCUUUACUUCCAAUUCUGACGCUUCACCCAACUUGCCUGCCAACAGAAGAAAAUCAGCAGAACAAAUCCAAGCACUUUCUGGAGGAUGUUUUUAGGAAUGUUUUCAUACAUUAUGUCUUUUCCUGGAUGAACUACCUUAAUUUUACUAUUCUGCCUGGAUCUUCCCAAGCACUGCUGCUACAGGAAUCAUUUUUUCCCUCUUUUGGGAAAAGAGGACCUACUGGCCAGUGACUGCAUCAUCACGACUAAUGCAUCAUAGGGAGAUUGUUGAUUUUUUCAUGACUUUUCUAACUUAUUUCUCUCUAGGAAGCUGAGCACUUCUUCUCCAGCAGGAGACAUAUCUACUUUUUGUUUUCAAAACCCUAGAACUGGAGCAGAACCAGGACUUCUAGAAUUAAACCAAGUCACUAGCCUUUUGUAUCUCGAUACUGUCUAUCAGCAGGAUGGUUCCUUGGUUGAACAGAUAAGAUGGUGAAGCCGUCCACUAAGAGGCGCUCACGUCUUAGUGAAAAAAAACGGAAAUAGCCCGGUGGCUUUAGGUCAAACUUGCAAAAAUAUGUGUUGGGGUCUCUUUGGGGAUUUUUAAAGUUUUUUUCUUUCUUACAGAUGUGGAUGAAAAGUAUACCAUAAAUUCAUCCCCCUCAAAAAAGGGGGGGGCUGAUGUUGAACCCUAAA